AUGUCCUGCUUGUCUGCAAACAUUUUUGGAACGCUGCCGGUCCGGAGAAACAGUUAUGGAAAUUUGCCGGCCGGCGGGCCGAAGAAGCGUGACCAGGACCGGGAAGGAGAGUCAUCUGAAAAGCAAGUUCCUGCUACAGGAAAGACAAACACCGGACCAGCACUGCAAAACGGAUCGGGUCCACUUGAAGAAGAUAGAUCUUUUAGCUUUGAUGUUCGGGGAAGGACAGCCUCGAAUAGCACGAACCGACGCGAACCCGCGUUGGAUAGAGAAAUCUCAGCGUCUUCCAAAGAUCACGUUGUAGUAAUCGGCAAUGAAGGGAGGUCAGCUCCCAAAGCCCAAGGAAUGGUACCCGCGUCUCCGAGCCAUCUCGGUUCGAAUGCAAGCAAGCACCAACAGCAACAACAACAUAUGCUUCCCGACGAGACUCAGCAACAGCUGCUUCAGAAUCAAGCUCUGCAGUCUCAUCUGAAUGCUUUGCACCAGGGCCAGCAUUCUCAACCGCACUCCUCCGCGAAUCAACAGGUCCAGGCGCAGGCCCACGAACUGCACCAGCAGCUCCCGCACUUGACGCAUCACCACCACCAUCAGCGACAGGAGCACAGUGCAGUUGGUAACGCGGGCCCUCACGGUCACCAAAACAUGCAGGCCUCUUCCUUCAACGAACUGCUCGUCGAUGCCUCCAUGUCACCUUUCGCUACCGAUGGGUACAUGAUCCCUUCCGUGGAUUCGUCGAACAUGAUGCAGCCACAUGAUCCUCAGGGUAAUGUGGAUAGAACAGGCGGCCUUUCUUGGGGAGAAGUUUCGUUGUGCUCUUUGGGAGUGCGUGGUGUGCGCCUCAAAAUGCUGUGUCCUGUUCACGGGUCCCUUGCAUGGGCACUCGUAAAUUUCCCGGGGAGAAUGGUACUGAAACGAUAUCCACUGUGUCCUGAUGGCACUGGUUCUAUGUAG